AUGCUAACAGUAUACAUGAUAUUUUUGAUAAUAAAUAGGUGGUGGUAUAAAAGGGAGACAAAAGAGUAAUCGUUUCGCACCACAAAAUAUUUUAGUGACUCUCCAAAGCUUUCCCAAUUUGGAAGUCUCAUGCAACAAUUUCAAAUUAGAAAAUCGAAGUCUAGAGUUUAUUUCAUCUUUCUUUCUUUCAAUAAACUAAUGAGUCUUGUAUCGCUUUUAGAAUAUGAGAUCAUUGACAAGUCAAUGGAAUUUGUGGUCGAUCAUUUGAUCGCAGAUCCGAAUUACAAUUACUUUAACGACACUAUUGAGAAUCAGGCACAGGAAAAGUAUUGGGAGGAACUUUUGGAAAUAAAAGAACCUGAAGAACUGAAUAAAUCUGAAAUACAAAAUGAAGGAGAUGAAGUGAAAUCUGAUAUAAAAGAAUCCAAAAAGUUCGAUUUAACUCUCGAAAGAAGAAAGUUAAUAGUGAUGAUAUUCAGUUUCCAUAAUAUUUCUUCUAGAAAUUAUUUUAGUCGUUUCGACAAAGAAUAUAUGAAGAGUGAAACUUUUGAGCUUGACAUUGCCAAAGUCAUAAAAGCAGGUACCCGUCAUAUUGCUUCUGAAAUGGAACGCAGAAUAAAGGAAAGUGAUAAAUUGAAUAUCGAAUCAAUCACUGAUUGUGUUGAACACCUUUUUAGCAUGUCCUGGACUUUGAAGUUACCGAUUCCAUUAAAAAUCUCAAAUACGGCCUUAAAAGAUGGAUCAAUAAAGCAGAAUUCAAAAUCAAAUUUCACUUACACGAUUCGAAAUAUAUUUGAAGACCAUUUCCAAAUUGAACAAAAUAUUGUUGAAUCAGAUGAUGGUGAAAUUCCGGAUUCAUACUUGGAUCUUCUAAUUGAAGACUUCAAAAUUGAUGCUUAUUUGUUAGCAAAAUUUGAUGAUAUCUCGUUUGAACAAGAAAGGUUUCAUAUUAAAAAUGAAUCAACAGUUUCACAAAUUCUUUAUCAAUACGUGCUUAAACAUAUAGGAGAUAUAUUAGAUUCAAUUUUUUCUGAAAACCAAGAGGAUAGUAUUAUUGGAGUGACAAAGGAAGUUGGUAUAGAUCUAAGAAUAAUACCAAACUAUGGAUUUGUUAAGAGUGACAAUAAUACUAAACUAAGUGUUCCGAUUGAAAUUAAGAACGGUAACAUAUUUGAUGCUUACAAAAGCAGAAAGCUGAAUCCGAAGAAGUUUUUAUCAUUAUUUAAUCAGGUUGUAUUCCAGUUAGCUAGUUAUGGUUCAAAUAUAGGUAUCGCAUUAGAUUUGGAAUCAAUAUUUUUAGUCCAAUUAAGAGCUAAUCAGGAUUCAUCAAGAUCAAAAAAUUCUGAUGGUGGUCUGUAUUUCUUGAAUUCCAGAGUUAAAUGCAUGAAACACUUCGAAUCGAAGUAUAACUCUAAGAUUAUUAUUCUUAUUCUCUUACAUAAUACCUUCAAAACCUUAACUAAUGAGGUUGCAGAAUCUAUAAAGAAUAUAAUGAAAAAGUUUAAAUUACCUGAAGAAGAUAAGACUUUGGUGAAACAAUGGCAGCUUGAUUUUUUAAGAUCGAAUUGGAUAUCUAGAUUUCAAAAUUAUGUACUAAAUGAGGAUGGAGAUUACGUUCAUCCUAUUGAGAAAUCAGUUAUUAUACCAGGAAAAUGUUUUAUAGGUGCUUCAAAGAUAAAUUGGGAUACUCCAGAGUUAAAGGAAGAAGAUUUUGAUAUUGGCGAAAACAUGCAUCCAACACCGAUCACACUGGCGAAUAAUGGAUAUUUUUCCAGGGUUUCGAAAGUGAAGUUCAAAAGAGUCCCAAACAAUAAAAAAGAUCUCGUUUUAAAAGUGUAUAAUCCAGCCAUGAGCUCUCCUAGAGGAGUCAUGCCCAAAUACGUAUUUUUAGAAACAUACUCUUUCAUUAUCAGCUCUUAUCUUUUGGAGGUUCAAGCUUAUAACAUGUUGAGUCAUGCAAGUCCACUUGGUAUAUCAGAGGAUUUAUCCUCAGUUGAUAACACCUAUAAAGGAGUAAAUUACAUUCCGCACCUUUAUCAAACAGGCUUCUGUGAAUUCAAAAAUGCUGCUGAAUUUCAGGGGAUGUAUUUAUUACAGGAAUUUAUAAAACCAGGAAAAGAAUUGCCAGGGGAAGAAUUAUUCGAAAAGGCAUCAAUCGCUUUGAAUGACAUCCAUGGUCGUGGUGUCUUGCAUGGUGACGUUCAUCCUGGAAACUUUAUCUAUAACUCAGAAAAGGAUCGUGUAUUCUUUAUUGACUUUGGAUUCCUGCGGAUCCUUAAAUUCAGAAAUUUCAAACCUUCUCAAGAAAAGAGUCUUAAGAUAAAGGAAAUGAUGGAUUUGGCAAAAGCUUGUGGUGUUCGAGGUAAAAAUAAAGCUCAAAAAACGUGAAUCUAUUAAAUAGUUUUUAUCUCUUUAUAUUUUUAAUACAAAGUUUGCUUUUUUUGGUAUCAGAGACUUAAAGUAAUUGAAAGAUAAUUUGGAGAGGCAUUGAUUGCACAUAGCUUUUUAAUUUCCGCAUCAAGUAUUUAAUUUUAUUACCGUUUCACGUCAUCUAUAUCCCCAGGGAAGUAGUUUCACUAUCUAAG